GGUGAACUCAGCAAGGACUUUGUGGAGGCUCUGAAAGCAGUUGUGGGAAGCCCCCACGUGUCCACCGCUGCUGUGGUCCGAGAGCAGCACGGGCAUGACGAAUCGGUGCACAGGUGCCAACCUCCGGACGCCGUGGUGUGGCCCCAGAAUGUGGAGCAGGUCAGCCGGCUGGCAGCCCUGUGCUACGGCCAAGGCGUGCCCAUCAUCCCAUUUGGCACAGGCACCGGGCUUGAGGGUGGAGUCUGUGCUGUGCAGGUAUGGUGGCCCCCUCCCCCAGCCAGGGUCUGGUCCCAUCACACUUGUCACAUUUGCGGCUGCCUCCUCCACCACACACAGCUUGGUCAGCCAGCUCCAGCACUCCUUACUUGCCAUCCCAGGGCUCUGGUCUGGCUGCUGGGAGGUCGGCUGUGACAGGGGGUCCUGGGGGCUGUGGCCUGGGAGGAAACAAAGGUCAGCCGGCCCUGGGCACCCCUGCUGCCAGGGCGGUGUCUGCAUCAACCUGACCCACAUGGACCGAAUCCUGGAGCUGAAUGCAGAAGACUUCUCUGUGGUAGUGGAGCCUGGCGUGACACGCAGAGCUCUCAACACCCACUUGCGGGACAGCGGCCUCUGGUUUCCUGUGGACCCAGGCGCAGAUGCCUCUCUCUGUGGCAUGGCUGCCACUGGGGCCUCAGGCACCAACACGGUGCGCUACGGUACCAUGCGGGACAAUGUGCUGAACUUGGAGGUGGUUCUGCCUGACGGGCGGCUGCUUCACACCGCGGGCCCAGGCCGUCACUUCCGGAAGAGUGCAGCCGGCUACAACCUCACUGGGCUCUUCGUGGGCUCUGAGGGGACACUGGGCCUUAUCACAGCUGCCACCCUGCGCCUGCACCCUGCCCCUGAGGCCACAGUGGCCGCCACCUGUGCAUUCCCCAGUGUCCAGGCGGCUGUGGACAGCACCGUACACAUCCUCCAAGCUGCAGUGCCUGUGGCCCGCAUUGAGUUCCUGGAUGAUGUCUCGAUGGAUGCCUGCAACAGGCACAGCAAGCUGAGCUGCCCCGUGGCACCCACACUCUUCCUCGAGUUCCACGGCUCCGAGAGGGCCCUGGAGGAGCAGCUGCAGCGGGCAGAGGAGAUCACCCAGCACAAUGGAGCCUCCCACUUCUCCUGGGCCAAGGGGGCUGAGGAGCGCAGCCGGCUCUGGGCAGCACGGCACAACGCCUGGUACGCAGUCCAGGCCCUGCGGCCGGGCUGCAAGGGCUAUUCCACCGACGUGUGUGUGCCCAUCUCUCGGCUGCCGGAGAUCCUGGUGCAGACCACAGAGGACCUGAAGGCCUCAGGACUCACAGGAGCCAUUGUUGGGCAUGUGGGCGAUGGCAAUUUCCACUGCGCCCUGCUGAUAGACCCGGAUGACCCUGAGGAGCUCCACAGAGCCAAGACCUUUGCAGAACAGCUGGGCAGGAGGGCACUGGCACUCCAUGGGACGUGCACUGGGGAACACGGCAUUGGGCUGGGCAAGCGGCAGCUGUUGCAGGAGGAGGUGGGCGCCGUGGGUAUGGAGACCAUGCGGCAGCUCAAGGCCGCACUGGAUCCCCGAGGCCUCAUGAAUCCAGGCAAGGUGCUGUGAGGCUGCAAGCAGCGGGCCCACAAGCCCCCAGAAAAUGGAACCUCCUGUUCUGGAACCUUUCUUCAUGCCACAGCACAGCUCUGCCUUUACCCAGACCCUGCAGGGGUCUUUGCCUCCCUUCUGCCCCCAGUGGACCUCCCCACUGCUGGGGGCUGGGGGACAAAGCUUGAGGACUCAGCACCCUUAGCUCUACUCCACCUGCCUGGUGACAGAAACACUCCUUUCCUGGUAUGGGAAGGGACCUCCCACUCUACAUUGAUAGGUCUUCUCCUUGGGGCCCCCAAAAUAAACCUGAACCCCAUUUCCAGCUGUCUGGAGACAAGCAGGCAGCACCUGUGAAUGGCCUCUCGUGCCUGCCCUCCCAACCUCCUCCAGGUUCUUUGUCCUCUGUCCCUUCGGGCCUGCCCUCUGACUUGUUGCAGCCUGAGGAGGGGACGGUACUCAGGCUACAGGAGGAAGGUUGCUUUCAGGAACCCAGGUCCCUAUCCCAGCUGCUCC